GUUAUUUACAACAAUAAAGCAGGACUGAGGUUAAUUUUUGAUUAUUUUUAAAAAAUAAUUCAAAUCAUCUUGCUAUGGCUACAGAAUCAAGUCAACCUAAGAUACUCGAAGAAUCAAGAACUAUGCUGAUACUUCUUAUGAGACUUCCAUAAUAAAAACUUUAGUCAGUUCUCUUCGAAAGCUCAGAAAAAGCUCUUGAUCAGCUAGACUAGGCAUUUCAUACUAUUCCAUAAGACUUCCUUGAUUCAUCAAAGACCCAAAUUGAUGAAUUCAGGUGUAGAGUAAAUAGGAUGAUCAUGCAUCAUCAAAAACUAACAAAUUAAGCUAGAAUGAAUAAAUUAAGGUAAGCUUUAGGGUGUCUAAAGAAAAUAAAGAAAAAUAAUAAAUGA